UGGUCACGUAAAAAAGCCCAUAACUGGCUCACAUUAAUUGGAGCUGGAGAAAGCGUUUGUCCAAGGAAUAAGCGUAUCAAACCUCUGUAAAAAGAUUGCUGGGCACGGAACCAGCAACGACAAAAUGAGUAGUUCCGCUCUCUAUCGCCCCUCACACAUCUCGUGUUCCUUUCGCCGGAGUUGCCCGUCGCAUCCACUUCCUCGCCGCCGGUUGAGCUUCUUCGGCGGAGGUAUUUUUUAUGUCGGCGAGCGGAAGCAGCGGUUUGGGCCGAGUUUCCUGUGCUACGCUGAGGAUACACAGAGAAGGCCUGAAGGCGACCCUGCCUCCGGAGGAAUUCAACUCUACUCCGACAUCGAGAAAUUGAUUACUGAAACAGCAAGACAAUCUCAGGAUGACUGGGGUGGCACUCAAGAUUGGAAGGAGAUUGAGGGCACUUGGGUCCUCAGACCAAGGUACACAAGUCCAACAUCAAUUAUUCAUUUUAUUGGGGGUAUAUUUGUUGGGGCUGCACCUCAACUUACGUAUCGUUUGUUUCUUGAGCGGCUCUCUGAGAAGGGUGUUUUGGUGAUCGCAACACCUUUUGCAAGUCGUUUUGAUCACUUCUCUAUAGCUGAUGAAGUGCAGUUAAUGUAUGACAGAUCUGUCCGGUCUUUGACUGACAUAGAAAAAGAUCUUCCAAUAUUCGGAAUUGGCCAUUCCUUGGGAUCUGUAAUUCACCUUUUGAUUGGUUCAAGAUACGCAGUGCAAAGGAAUGGGAAUAUGUUGAUGGCUUUCAACAACAAGAAAGCAAGCCUAGCAAUACCUCUGUUUUCUCCGGUUAUUGUACCAAUGACUCAGAGUUUUGGUCCACUCCUAACCCAGCUCACAUCAUCUCCCAGUAUCCGUCGUGGGGCUGAAAUAGCCAUGAAACAGUUAGAAUCUCUUAGUCCUCCGUUUAUGAAGCAAGUUCUGCCUUUGGUUGAACAACUCCCGCCUCUAUACAUGGAUCUAGUAAAUGGAAGAGAAGACUUUAUUCCUAAACCCGAAGAAACCAGCAGACUGAUAAAAAAUUACUAUGGAGUUUCAAGGAAUCUACUAAUACAGUUUAAGGAUGAUACGAUUGACGAAACUCCGAUGCUAGCUAAAUUGUUAAGCAGUGAAUCUGCUAUAAGUUCUCAACUGGACUUGUCAAUCCGUUCAUUGCCAGGAGACCAUGGUCUUCCACUGCAACAGGUCCUUCCUGAUGUUCCUCCUGCAAUGGCUGAUGUUGUAAACCGUGGAGGCGAGCUUCUGGCAAAUCUAACUGCUGGGACGCCAUGGGAAUCGGUGGCAAAAGAAGUUAGCAAUACAUUGGGUCCAAAUUCAAGGAUCCUUCGCACUCAGAUUUCAAAGGAUAUUGAAAAUCUAGUAGAUGUUAUCGCAUCAUGGAUGUCCUCAAAUUCAAGCCCAAGAAUGCUUAGACCGUGAUCUUAUAUUUUGUCCUCAAACUCGGAUAGGAGAAUAGAAAGCAAUCAGCAAAUUCAAGGUACAUCAAGGAUUCUGAUCAGCAACAAAACAGCCACUGUAUACAUUUCUCUGUACAAAGUCCCAAGGCUCUAGUUUACCGUAAAGUAUGAAGAAAUAAUUGUAGAUCUUAACUUCAUCAUCGAGAUGGCCCACUGUAAAAAAUGCAUUUUGAUUCUGAUUUAGAGUAUAUAUCAUCAAGGUCUACAUUUGCCUGUGCCUAGCAUGGUUUACAUGUUUGAGUAUUUUUCAGAUCUUUAUCUUAGAUGUAAAGUUUCAUCGUA